ACGGCGCUGAGCCGCAAAAGGGAGGUGGUUGUGCGCGUGCGUGGUGACGUCUCUCUCCCCAGGCUGGGGUUCUUCUCUCUACUUGGCGGGAGCUGCUGCAAUCGCUGCGCGCGCUUUUUCAACCCGCUCUUGUCUUUACUGCCCUGCUGCGGAUCGCAGCCAUGAGCCUCUGGGUGGACAAGCACCGGCCGAACUCGCUCAGUAAAGUGGAUUAUCAUCGCGAGCAGGCGGCGCAGCUUCGUAACUUGGUUCAGUGUGGCGAUUUCCCCCAUCUUUUAGUGUAUGGGCCAUCAGGAGCUGGAAAAAAGACCAGAAUAAUGUGUCUGCUGAGGGAAUUGUAUGGCUCUGGAGUAGAGAAGCUCAGAAUUGAACAUCAGAAUAUAACGGCACCUUCUAAAAAGAAAAUUGAAAUUAGCACUAUUGCAAGCAACUAUCAUCUUGAAGUUAACCCAAGUGAUGCAGGAAAUAAUGACCGGGUAGUAAUUCAGGAAUUAUUGAAGACAGUAGCACAAUCACAGCAACUUGAGACAAGUACUCAAAGAGAUUUUAAAGUGGUGCUAUUGACAGAGGUGGACAGACUUACAAAAGAUGCCCAGCAUGCCUUGAGACGAACCAUGGAGAAGUACAUGGCCACCUGCAGAUUGAUUCUGUGUUGCAAUUCCACAUCGAAGGUCAUUGCACCUAUCCGGAGUAGGUGCCUCGCAGUGAGAGUGCCUGCCCCCAGCCACGAAGAUAUCUGCAAUGUGUUGUCUAAUGUUUGUAAGAAGGAGGGUCUCUCUCUUCCUCAAGAACUGGCUCGGAGGAUUGCAGAAAAGUCUGGCAGGAACCUCCGAAAAGCCCUUUUGAUGUGCGAAGCUUGCAGAGUACAACAGCAUCCUUUCACUCCUGAUCAAGACAUUUCCGAGACAGAUUGGGAGAUAUAUCUGAGAGAGACUGCAAAUGCCAUUGUUAGUCAGCAGACGCCCCAGAGGUUGCUUGAAGUCCGUGGGCGACUUUAUGAGCUCUUAACCCACUGCAUUCCUCCAGAGAUUAUCAUAAAGGGCCUUCUGUCUGAACUUCUGAACAACUGUGACGGGCAGCUGAAAGGAGAGGUCGCACAGAUGGCAGCUUUCUAUGAGCACCGCCUGCAGCUGGGCAGCAAGGCUAUUUAUCACCUGGAGGCGUUUGUGGCAAAGUUUAUGGCCAUCUACAAGAAGUUUAUGGAAGAUGGACUAGAAGCCAUGAUGUUUUAAUCUGAAGUGUGGAGAAUUUCACAUGGUUUGUGAAGUUGACAGGUUCUGCUGAGAAGCUGUACAAACAGCAGGUCAUGGUCGUAUCACUCUAUGGGAAAAUAAAAGUUUAUAUGUUGAA